UGGAGCUCCCCACUAGGCCCGCCCUCCGCGGCGUAACCGACUGCGCGUGUGCACUGGUUACCGCGACGACCAGGGAAGCGUUGGACAGCCAACGACUUAGUUAGCCAACCUUAGUGCCGGAGCUGAGUGGCGGGACGAGGAGUGAGCAUGCACCCCGAGGCCUCAACCUCAGAGCAGCAGGCGGAUGGAGCGACGGAACCCAGUCUGGAGGAGUCGGCGGGCGAUCACGGCGGCGCGGGCCCCGGGGUCCGCAAAGAAGAAAUUAAUGAGACCAAGGAAACAUGUGUGGGUCCUUCUACAACAUCCAGCCAAAGUCAGAAGCAACAGAGCGGCGACAGUAGGUUAGAUUGUCGCUCAGGCUAUGCAAGAAAUGACAGGGAUGAUCGGGGCCCCAGGAUGACUAAAGAAUUCCUUCAAAAGCUCUGCAAGCAACACAAGCUCUACAUCACCCCUGCCCUGAAUGACACGCUGUAUUUACACUUUAAGGGGUUUGACCGCAUCGAGAACCUGGAAGAGUAUACAGGCCUCCGCUGCCUCUGGCUGGAGUGCAAUGGCAUCCAGAGGAUCGAGAAUCUGCAGGCCCAGAGCGAGCUGCGCUGCCUCUUCCUGCAAGUGAACCUGUUGCACAAGAUUGAGAACCUGGAGCCACUCCAGAAGCUGGACGCCCUCAACCUGAGCAACAACUACAUCAAGACCAUUGAGAACCUCUCCUGCCUCCCUGUCCUGAACACGCUGCAAAUGGCCCACAACCGCCUGGAGACCGUGGCAGACAUUCAGCACCUCAGGGAGUGUCUGCGGCUCUGUGUCCUCGACCUCUCCCACAACAUGCUGAGUGACCCGGAGAUCUUGAGUGUGCUGGAGAGCAUGCCCUGUCUACGUGUGCUGAACCUGAUGGGAAACCCAGUGACCAAACAUAUCCCUAACUACCGCAGGACGGUCACUGUUCGUCUGAAGCAACUGACUUACCUGGAUGACAGGCCGGUUUUCCCCAAGGACAGGGCAUGUGCAGAGGCGUGGGCACGAGGGGGUUAUGCAGCUGAGAAGGAGGAGCGGCUUCAGUGGGAAAGCAGGGAACACAAGAAGAUCACAGACAGCCUGGAAGCCUUGGCCAUGAUCAAGCGGCGGGCUGAGGAACGAAAGAAGGCCAGAGACAAAGGGGAGACACCCCUGCCAGACAGUGAGGAGAGCAGCUCCACCAGCCCAGAGGCUCAGGACAAGCCGCCCCUGGGAGAAACCCAGCAGAAGAUAGAGGUGCUUGUGGAGGAGAGCUUCAAGGCCAAAGACGAACUGUUCCCAGAGAAGCCAGGUGGAGAAGAGGAGCUGGCUGUGGUGGCGGACAGGACAGUGGAAGAGCCAGACCUGCCUGGGAGUCUGGCUCAGUCCCAGACACUCUUGGUGGCCACUGCUGAAGAGUCCACGUCCUCAGUGGCAGCUACUGAUGGGACCGGAACCGAAGACACAGAGGCCAUUGCCCUGGAGACCAAGGAGAGGCUUUUCAUCGAUGACCUGCCUGACUUGGAAGAUAUUGAUGGCAUGGAUAUAUCAAUGGAAGACCAGACAAAGGAAACGGGCAUCCCGAAAAUCCAGGUGAUCUCCAGCUUGAGUGAUGACAGUGACCCUGAACUGAAUGACUCUCCUCUCCCCAUGCUUGAGCACACUCCCACGGGCUCCACGGGUGUCCUCUCAAACAUAUUUGCAGUCUGCAAGGACUCCUCAAAGGCAGCCAGGGUGCCUCUCACAGACAUAUGUGAGCCAAGAGCGACAACAGAACUGGAAACCCAAGGUCAAGUCUUCAGCACCACCCCUCCACGGCCCCUCAUCCAGGAGCUGGAAGAGGAUGGGAGGGGAGAGAAUGAAUCAAAGGAAUCACUCCCCACCCAGUCCAGUGAAGAUGGAGACAGCCAGCUGCCUGAAGCCACCCUACUAGGAGACAGAGCUGAGAAUGAAACACAGUCUUCGUUGGACCUGGGGAAGCCCAGCCCCAGGGCAAGCCUGGAAGAUAUUGAAUUUGGCUUGGACUGAACCCAAGGCAGUCUACACUGUUAGGCUAGCAGUGGCGAGGUGGACGCAAGGCACUCUUUCCUGUGUACCACAUCUGGUGCACUUUGGGACCCUGCACAGCAUGUGCUCUGCAGCCACAUCUGUGUGCCUUGUACCCAAUGCAUCGGUUUCCCUGGUUACAGACCCCAGGAUUACAUAAAUACGUUAAGACCCA